CCCCCGCAAAACGCGUCUACAAAGCGCGUCGACCCCUUCUCCAUUCUCGCUCCCGAACUCAACCACCUACGAAAAACUUUGCUGAGCUUGCUAGGCACCUCGCACCCCUCGCUCAACCGAAUCGCAGAAUACUACUUCUUGCAUCCCUCCAAACAAAUACGACCUCUCCUUGUUCUCCUCUUCGCCAGGGCGACCAAUGGACUCGGCUCGGAUUGGGGGUUCGAGCGUUGGAAGAUGGAGUGUGAAGGGGCCGGGGGACGGGCGGAAGAGUUGAACGCGCCCUUAACGCGCUCCGAUGUGCUGAACGACUGGAAUCCGAAUAUGCCAGACCAUACCAGCUCCUUCUCGGAGGUCUUUCCUUUGGUCAAUCCUUCUCCUCGACCUCCACUACCUCAACCUCCGGCCUACGUGAAGUCCCUACCUUGCGCCCUCGACCCGUCACAGCUCAUCUUGCCAACUCAGAGCCGCCUGUCCCAAAUUGUGGAAAUGAUCCAUGUUGCGUCCCUUCUUCACGACGAUGUCAUCGACAAGUCCCCUCUCCGUCGAGGAGCUCCGUCAGCACCAGAAGCGUUUGGAAACAAAGUCUCUGUCCUAGGUGGAGACUUCCUGCUUGGCCGUGCUUCUGCAGCCCUAUCUCGUCUGGGGUCGCACGAGGUCACCGAGCUCAUUGCCGGCGUGAUCUCAAACUUGGUUGAAGGCGAGAUAAUCCAAAUGAAAAAGACGCGGGAAUCAGCUCCAGCGCUGGCGGAUGGCGAGCAACCGAGUUCCGUGCUGCAAGCACAUUGGAAUAUGUACAUGAAGAAGACCUAUCUGAAGACGGCGAGUUUGAUGGCAAAAGGUUCACGAGCCGCGGUCGUGCUGGGUGGUUGCAGGGAAGGCGAGAUUUGGAAGGAGGUAGCCUACGCGUACGGUCGCAACCUCGGAUUAGCGUUCCAGCUGGUCGAUGAUAUCAUGGACUACGAGGCGAAGGAGUCGACCAUGGGCAAGCCGGGUGGGGCCGACCUAAAGCUUGGUUUAGCAACGGGACCAGCCUUGUACGCUUGGGAGGAGCACCCUGAAAUGGGCCCUCUGAUCGCCCGCAAAUUCGAGCAUACGGGAGAUGUGGAGUUGGCCGCAGAACUCGUUCGCCGUUCCUCUGGCGUUGAACGAACGCGGAGAUUGGCGAUAGCCCACGCCGAACAAGCAAAGAAAGUACUAGAGCCGCUGCCGGACAGUGAGGCGAAGAGUGCCCUGGAGGCGUUGACAGAGAAAGUAGUACAUCGGACC